AUGGCUACUCGCAUAACCUCGAUCUUUCCCAGGGCCUUGCGCCGUAUGCCCUUGGCUCAAUGCCAGUGUCUCCAAAACACCCGGCGCCAGGCUCAUAGCAUAGCGAGAAGGAAUGUAGGAAGCCCUAGAAAGGCCUUGCCCUUCAUUGGCUUUGCGACGGCUCUGACAGCGUUGACGUUUUACUUUACGACUUCUACCACUCCCAUCUCCCUCGAAGCUCCCACCAUUGCCAAACUUGACGAAAAAACCAGGCGUGAAACAGAAAUAACAUCUUCUUCUCCUAUGCGAUUGCGCAUGGAGAAACUGAUAAAAGAGCAACAGAAGCGCAUCAUCGACGAACUCUCCAAGAUAGACGGCAACGCCUUUACAAUAGAUGAGUGGGACCGCCCCAAUGGUGGUGGAGGCAUAUCGUGUGUCCUGCAGGACGGGAACGUAUUCGAAAAGGCUGGUGUCAACGUCUCAGUCGUAUAUGGAAAGUUGCCUCGCCCAGCAAUUGAGAAGAUGCGCGCGGACCAUAAAUCCUUCGUCUCCGCAGAUGUUGAUUCAUUGGACUUCUUUGCUGCUGGACUAUCGCUUGUCCUUCACCCAAAGAACCCUAUGGCGCCUACAGUUCACUUGAAUUAUCGAUUCUUUGAAACAUCUGAUCCCAAGGACGUUCUCAAUGGGAAGACAAACUGGUGGUUUGGCGGUGGUACUGACCUGACCCCAUCAUACCUCUUCCCUGAGGACUGCGAGCAUUUCCAUAAGACCAUAAAGGACGUCUGUGAUACGCAUGACCCGUCGUAUUAUCCAAAAUUCAAAGCCUGGUGUGAUAAAUACUUUUACCUCACGCACAGAAAUGAAGCUAGAGGCAUUGGUGGAAUAUUCUUCGAUGACCUUGAUACAGAUUUCAUUCGCCAGUCUUCGCCGGCCUCAGUCUCGAUAUCAGACAAAGAAGCACAGGAACGUCUUUUCUCUUUCGUCACGGAUGGUCUGUGUUCUUUCCUGCCUGCAUAUGUCCCCAUUAUAAAGAAGCGUAAGGAUAUGCCAUUUACAGAACAGGAGAAGGACUGGCAGCAGCUUCGCCGUGGGCGAUAUGUGGAAUUCAACCUUGUGCAUGAUCGAGGAACGAGCUUUGGAUUGCGUACCCCCGGCUCUAGGAUUGAGAGCAUACUGAUGAGCUUACCCCGAACUGCGAAAUGGGUAUAUAUGGAUCCUGUUUCAGGGACAAGAACUGAUGGUGUAGAGUCCGAGGAUGUUGAGGGUAUGGAGAGGGAGAAGGAGUUGAUGGAGGUACUUAAAAAUCCAAAGGAGUGGGUGUAA